AUGUCUUCAGAUGCCCAAAUCGCCCCGAGUCGCAUGACUCUUCAGAUAACGAAGCAAAAGAAAAAGGGAGCUGCACAGGGCUAUCAACUCCUUAAAAAGAAGAGUGAUGCUCUCUCCGCUCGCUUCCGUGGCAUGCUGAAAGAGAUCGUCAAGGCAAGGACAAAGUUAUCUAUAGGAGACACCAUCAACGAGGCCCACUUCUCUCUCGCUAAGGCCUCCUGGGCGGGGGGCAGCGACCUGAGGGGACAGCUGCUUCAGCGCAUCAAGAGGCCCGCGGUGUUUGUCACUGCUGCCUACGACAACGUGGCGGGGGUGCGGCUGCCAGUCUUUCAGAUAACCACAGACCCCACCGUCGACAUACUCAAGAACAUAACCCUCUCCGCUGGAGGCCACGUUAUCCUCACAGCCCGAGACAAGUACCAAGAGGCCCUCUCAGAGCUGGUGAAGCUGGCUUCGCUUCAGACGGCUUUCUUUACGCUGGACUCUGAAAUUAAAAUGACAAACCGACGCGUCAAUGCACUCAACAACGUGGUGCUCCCCAAGCUGGAUAAGAGCAUAACAUACAUAACGAAAGAGUUGGAUGAGAUGGAGCGCGAGGAGUUCUUCAGACUAAAGAAGAUUCAGGAGAAGAAGAAGCAAGCCAAGGAGGCUGAGCAGAAGGCUCUUGAAGAGGCACUGAAGGUCAUAGUAGUCCUGCUGGUGCUGCCGUCUUUGCUGCUGCUGCAGCAGCAGCAGCAGCAGGAGCUUUUGCAUACAAGGAUGAGAAGAAUAAAAAGAGGCGAUGGAGGGCCCCUCAUCAAUACUAGCGGACGACGAAGACGAUCUCCUCUUCUAAGCCCCAGCAACCAAACACUGCAGCAGCAGCAGCAGCAGCAGCAGCAGCAGCAGCAGCAGCUGCAGCAGCAGCAGCAGCAGGAGCUUUUGUAUGCAAGGAUGAGAAGAAUAAAAAGAUCAUAUGCAGAGGGGAUUAAAAGGGAGACAGAGAAAAGGAGACAAACAAUAGGAGCAAGGAGACGCAGAGAAAAGAAAACUAGCAACAGAGACAAGGCAGCGGCAAUGGCUGUGCUGGCUCGCUGCUCUGUUUUCUCGGUGCCGAGCCAGCACAGCCAGACAGAGACAAAGACAACGCAAGAUAAAGAAACACAGAGACAGAGGGGAGUAGCAUAG